AUGACCAUGGAAACAAUUGAAUCUCAGCAGGAUGGAAGUGUAACAGAUUCUGUGGCAGAGUGCGAAUCUGCUCAUAUGCAGACUCAGACUGGUCAAAAUUCAAUCCCUACUUUAGCUCAGGUUUCUGUAGCUGGAUCAGGCACUGGAAGAGGCUCUCCAGCUGUAACUCUAGUGCAGUUACCUUCGGGCCAAACCGUACAUGUCCAGGGAGUAAUUCAGACACCACAGUCAUCGGUUAUUCAGUCACCACAAAUACAAACUGUUCAGGUAGCAACAAUUGCAGAGACAGAUGAGUCUGCAGAAUCAGAAGGUGUAAUUGAUUCUCAUAAACGUAGAGAAAUCCUUUCACGAAGACCCUCUUACAGAAAAAUACUGAAUGAACUUUCCUCUGAUGUGCCUGGUGUUCCCAAGAUUGAAGAAGAAAAAUCAGAGGAAGAAGGAACGCCACCUAACAUUGCUACCAUGGCAGUACCGACUAGCAUAUAUCAGACUAGCACGGGGCAAUACAUUGCUAUAGCGCAAGGUGGAGCAAUCCAGAUUUCUAACCCAGGAUCUGAUGGUGUUCAGGGACUACAGGCAUUAACAAUGACAAAUUCAGGAGCUCCUCCACCAGGUGCUACAAUUGUACAGUAUGCAGCACAAUCAGCUGAUGGCACACAGCAGUUCUUUGUCCCAGGCAGCCAGGUUGUUGUUCAAGAUGAGGAAACUGAACUUGCCCCAAGUCACAUGGCUGCCGCCACUGGUGACAUGCCAACUUACCAGAUCCGAGCUCCUACUACUGCUUUGCCACAGGGAGUGGUGAUGGCUGCCUCACCAGGAAGUUUGCACAGUCCCCAGCAGCUAGCCGAAGAAGCAACACGCAAACGGGAGCUGAGGCUAAUGAAAAAUAGGGAAGCUGCCCGGGAGUGUCGCAGGAAGAAGAAAGAAUAUGUCAAAUGUCUUGAAAAUCGUGUGGCUGUGCUUGAAAACCAAAACAAGACUCUCAUUGAGGAACUCAAGGCCCUCAAAGACCUUUAUUGCCAUAAAGCAGAGUAACUGUCUUUGGCUUGAACCUUAUUUACUAUGAACUCUAAUCAAGGCAGGAGAUGCAGUAAUUCUACUAAUUGCCAUGUGGACUUGUGGAAGGGACACUGGUGACCCUUAAGAAUCCAUUUUGACUUAGUGUUUG